ACAGGCAACGUGUUGCAGAGUUUAAAACCUCAUCUAGUGUAUUCAUGGAUAGUACUGAUUUAGCUAUCGAGAAGCACGCUUUUGAGCUGUACACACAUGCAAUUUUCACAGAGGUAAGAAAAGAGAUAUACAAGGGGAAGUUGUUUUGUUACAUUAUAAACAUGGAGGAUUGUGAUGAUGUUCGUGUUUACUAUGUGAAUCAGUUGGACAAGCGAAGCAGUGCAACCAACACAUUCACGGUUAAACUUGAGUUGAGAAAUCAGUCGGUCUCUUGUUCAUGCAACAACUUCAUCCGUAUUGGAUAUCUGUGUAGGCACAUCUUUUGUGUUUACCGGGUAAACAAUAUUGAAAAAAUCCCUGCCCAGUUUGUUGUUAAGCGUUGGACUAGGGACGUGCUUCCCAAAAGUAUAUUUUCUAUUGAGCGUCGAUAUGGCGUUGACACCCGUCCACAAGCUGCUGCGAGAAGUCAGAUUCUUGAGAUUGUAACCGAAUGCGUAGACGCAUUAAGAAGUGAUGUUGGAGGACUUUCUACUUUUGCUGAGCAGAUAAAGGAACUGAAAUUGAAAUUACUAAAUGGAGGACCAGUUGAUGACGAAGCCAAGAAUGAUAACUAUGCUGCUGUUGAAGAAUUGCUUGGUGUUUCUUUAGAUGGGGACGUAACUCUCAACAAUUCAGACGGGAUCAGGAACAAAGGAUGUGGCAAACGUCGACGAGUGUCUAGAGCACCGCAGGAUGGAACGACCAACUCUGCUGUCAAACCUCCCAAAACACCAAGGCUUUGCCGAACAUGUAUGAAGUACGUGACUGGGCAUGAUUCAAGAAAUUGCAAGAAAAAGAAGAAGAAUAAAUCGGGUAACGAGGAUGAGGACUCAAGCUCUGCGAGUCAGGAGUCCACUUGAUUUGGUAUUAAUUUUGAUGUGCGUGCUGUGCGUGUUUUGAAAACUUGUAUGACGCCAGCUUUUUGGUCUCCAUUUUAGUGGAGCGGAACUAAACUUUGAUCA